AUGAGCGCGCCUCCGCCCGGUAUGCCUAACGGCCAGAAUCCCACCGGCCAGCCUCGCCCUCCCCCAAUGAAGCGACGACCUCGCGGAGAUCCUCUCGUUGCUCGAAAACGCCCUGGACAGCCACGACCUGCUGCUGCGCGGCCCGCACCGAACACUCUGCAGACCGCCGCAGGCGCUCGACCAUCCCCCGGCGCGUCUGCCCACCACGGCCUCCAACGCCCCGAAACCGAGGAGGAUAUCAAGAUACGGAGAGCGGCUAAUGGUGGUUGGCUCGAUCCUCCACCUACUAAUGUUAGGGAGUACAAGAUCGUCACAACGAAGAAGGCACUGAAGGAUGGCAUCCGUCACCACAUCAUGAAGCUUUCUUCCUCCAAGGCCGACCUUGAGCAGAAAGGCAUUGAUCCGACAAAUCAGGACGAGUUCACUAGACCUGUAACUCUCCAACGACGCGAUCCUCGCCAACCCCCGCCCGGCCGAGAAGUCAAGCAGGAAGCCCCGGAGCCUAUGCCAGUGGAUGAGAAGGAGGCAGAGAGGUUGGCCCAGAUGAAGGCUGAACGUGAAGCCGUUCGUGCCGUCGAGAUAGCCAAGAGUGCUCCGAGUCUCAAGGAUCCCAGUGCCGACAAGAAGCCAAAGCCGAAGAAGAAGGAAGAGGACGUUCAGUUCCAUCGUGCUCCCAGGUCAGAGAAGGAGAAGAAGCAGCAGGAGUUGAGAUAUGAGGAAGCUCUACCCUGGCAUCUCGAGGAUGCUGAUGGCAAGAAUGUCUGGGUUGGAUCCUACGUCGCCCCUUUGUCUGAGACGACGGUUGCUUUUGUCGCUACUAGGGACGGAAAGUUUUCCGCGGUACCGUUGGAGAAGUGGUACAAGUUCACAGCAAAGCCACACUUCAAUACCAUGAGGCUUGAAGAAGCGGAAGCGCUCAUGAGCAAGAAGACAGAUAUCGGCCGAUGGUACAUGCGUGACAAACAAAAGAAGACAGAGCAAGACGAGUGGGAAGCUACCAGACAUGCACUCUAUGGUCCCGCUAGAAUCAAGACAGAGUCCAGCACCUUCCGAGCUGCCUCGCGAGAGGAGAAGAUGGACCAUGACCAGAUUGACAUGGAGGGCGACGAGUUCCAGGAUGACGACGAGGCUCCAGGAUUGGAGGCUGAUAACGACGAGGAUUUCAAGGAGGCGACUGAUCGCAUUCGCCGCGACCAACUUGGCGCCAACCUAUUUGGUGAAGCCGACGAGCAGAGAGUUCAGAAGGAAUUAGAAGAAGAGAGAAAGGCCGAAGAGGAACGCCGAAAGGAGGGUAAAAAGACCACCAAGGCUCUCAUCAAGAGAGAAAAGGAGACAAUCUACCAAUCCGACUCCAGCGGCUAUGAUCCCUUCGAAUCAUCCUCGAGCGAGGACGACUCCGAUGAGGAGAAGAAGGAUGACGAAAACAAGGACAAAGAGAAGGGAGACGAAAAGGGAGACUCGAAAGACAAGAAUGCUUCGGGUGUAUCCUCCAAGGGUGAUACAACACCAUCUGGCCGAAACAAGCACACGGAUGCCCUUAAGAAGGGCAAGUCGUUGAAGCGUCCAGGCUCUCCCAACCUGUCCGAGUCUAGUGGAAACGAGUCUUCCCGUAAGAAGAUUAAGAAGCAUGCUGCUGCAUCAGUGCAGCAAAGCCGGUCUUCAACUCCUUCGUCGCAAGGACCCGCCGGCCAGAAGAGCAACCUCGGCAAGGGUGUGAUGAGUGACGGCGAAGCAACGGCAGGAGAAAUGUCCGACGGCCAACCGAGGAAGAAGAAGAUCAAGCUUGUCGGCAGUGGAGCCAGAGGAACACCCGUCGGUUCCAGGGCCGGUAGUCCUGUGCCCGCCGCGCCGGGCUCAAAACCUGGUUCACCCAUUCCCGAAGGAUCACCGCGUGCCGGGUCUCCUGGAGCCGGCCCAAUCGAGCCUGCGGAGAUCAUUGCUGCUCUCCCUGACCUUCCGAACGGUAUCACCAUCGGUAAUCUUAUGCGGAAGUUUGCUGGGCGUAUUGGAGACGGUCCAGGCCAAAUGGAUCGCAAGGAAUGGAUUAAGCUUGUCAGAGAAAACUGCGCCUAUGGACCGGACAAGGUCCUCCGUCGCAGAGCCUAG